GGGCUCAGUUUUACCCAAAUGAAUUGAUGUGCCCAUAUAAUAAUAGCAAAACGGAGAAGGAUCAAAGCGAAACGAGAAGACCACAACCGCAGCCAUAGAGUGGAGUAUUUCUCAGUUCAGUUCUCAUUGAGAACGUGACGUCUACAGUUUAUGACUAUUGUGAGUGCAAGUCAUCAACAGAGAAAAGCAGGUUCGACCCGCAGGUUAUUAUAAUUGCGGAUCAUUGGGCCAGCCGCGGCAUUGUGUGUUGCGAAGCUCUGGCCAGCUGAAUUUCGACAAGGCUUUUUUAGUAUCCAUAACCAGUCAGCAAAAGAGCAUCGACGCAAACCGGAGGCCAAGAUGCACCUGUGAAAAAUCUCAAGGUUUGUUAGUAACCUGCUAAAAAUCGUUGAAAGGAAAAACAAAACUGAGUCGGCGUGAGGGCGACGCUAACGGUGAGGAGUGGCGGCCAGCAAACCGCACUGGCGCAAGAAAGAUGAGGCCCCCUGGGAGUAGGACAUGCCGGUUAACCAUUGUCGUCCUCUCAACUCUACUUAUGGCUCUUGGGGCUGUUGUAUCAACGGAAGGAAAAAAUAUUCCAUUGCCAGGUGGCAGUAGUCAUGCAGCUAAUAACAGCACUAGCAGCAAUAGUGAAAGCAGUUACGAACUUAAGAUAACUGAUACUGCCGUCUUAGUGGCAGAUUCUCAGGUCGACAAAAACGACAGAAAGAACAAUGGUAACAACAAUAACCUCACUUUUAGCAGCAGUUCGAAGCAGGCAAUUGCAGCAGAAGAGUCAGCCCUUAUAUCAUCUGAAGAUACUAAUCAAUCCGUGGGGCUUCUAUCUUCCGGAACCGUUCCAGGCAGGUUGGACCGAACUACAGAGGACAACCAAAGAACUUUCGGACCAAGUUCACAUGCGGCAGCGACGGCAGCCGAUAGCGCGAACCCAAAGUUCUCGAACAGCUUAGGAAGUCAAAGUCUUCUAACCGUAUCAUUCAAUGUGACCGAUAUGCCCUCGGCGGAAAAAAGCCCGCCUACCUUAUUGGAUGGCGACGGCGAUAGUAAUGGUGGCAACAGUGGUGCCAAAUCGAUCAUUACGAGCCUUGAAAAAAGAAGGGAAACCGAUACAGUGGACGAUUUGGAGGUGCCGGACUUUUCGCAGAACCCAUCGUUAUUGAAUGGGAUAUCUGAUAGUACGGAAAUCGCUCUCACUACCAGUUCUGGCCUAGCUUUAUUGCCAGGACAUAUUAUUGCGGAUAAUGCCCUGCCCAACCUAACUUCGUCUGUAAAUACGCAAAGAUCUCAAACGACGGCAAAUGGCCACAAUAUUGGUAAAAAUCUUGAGUACCAAAUCGACUUCGCACAAACGAAGCCAACGCAGCAGGAGCGUGCGAAGGUAGCCACCGAAUCUUUCCUUAAGCCCGACCCCAAGACAGCUUACACAGUAGAUAGCGUGUCAGUGCCGCCCAGCGUUGAAAGCGCUGCACAGGACAUUGAAGUCGUGACAAAAGAUCACAUGGAUUCUGUGCCAAGUAAACCUUCUCAAUUGCAGCCAGACUCCGUAAUCCAAGGAUCGAAUACAAAUACUGCGUCCGGCAGUCGUGCUAAUCUAGAAUCUAAAUCUUCGCAUGUGAUUGUGUACAUGGAUAAAAAGUCGGGCUCAAAACCGAGCAAGAACUUCACUACCGCCCUAUCUGAAAGCGCUACUAAAAAUAUGAGCGACAGCUCGUUUGAUAGCUUCGCCAAGAUCAGACUGACGAAAAAAAAUGUUCCACGCAAUUUCCUACUAGCGACAACCGCAAGGACGGACGAUCGCAGUGAUGAUGAUCGCAAGCUAAGGAAUAUGCAUAGUCAUUACGGUCCGAAUUGGCGCCGCAAAACUAAGGCCACUGCAACUAACAAAGGUCUGUUGACAAGUCGGAAAAGCAUCUGGAUGAUGAACGUGAAUCGAAGUGUCCAUUUUGACAACACCGAACCCGCCCGGAGCCUCACACCUAUCUUCGUUCUACCUGAAGAAGCUAGCGAAGCGAAGCCCUUAACAGGAAACAGUACACUAUCAUCGUCAAAAUAUUCGAUGGAUAGCAAUCAGCCAGCAUCGACAAUCACGACUUAUAAACGGCGAUGGACAGAGCUUCAGGAUGAAGGUAAUGGCAGCUUAGCCAUAUUGUCCCGCAUCAACAAAAACGGGGAACAUGCUAAGGCCGGAGGCGCCAUAAUACCUCUUACGCAUUUUGGCGGCCAACGGUUUAUUGAAUUCGGUGUCGUGAGAACCCGCCGCGGUCCACGAGUUCUUACAAACCACAUCCUCACAAGAACUUCAGCCAGGGACAUUCGGAGCAGUAACAAUGGAAUGAAAGUAACAAAUCUUUUCGAGACAAAUAAGAAUGUUAAGUUACCCAGAGCUGCACAAUGGAGGGACUCACGACCUCUAGCAAUUAUGAGUGGCACACUAAUACGAAUGCCUGAAGCGUUAAUACCAAAUGGAAAUGAGACUAUAAUAGCGUAUAAGCCAUUCAAUUCACUAAAAGCAUCCAAUACUUCUGAAGAAGAUUCAACUGAAUCUAGCGCGGAGUCGUCAGAUGACAGAGUACUCUGUAAAAAAGAUCGUACUCGACGGAAGCGCAAAGUUUUCAGGCCUAAGCCGGUUUCUUCUGCAUUGACAUCAAUGUUUGAAUUUAAGCGAAUGCCCAAGAAACGAACAAAUUCAGGGAAUUCUUCGCUACCUAAAACAUUAGCGGAAACCAGAGCUAACGAUUCUUCCGAAGCUACUGAUGCGAUCGCAGACAGCUCGGGACCCAAGAAGGGCCAUGACGAUUUUCUGCAUAACGUUCUUCGCGAUUUUGGCGUUCAAGUUAAGGUCGUUCCCACAAACAAGACUGCCAAUGCGACGAAUGAUCAACAAAAUCAAGAGGCAUGUUCGAAAGCGAACUGCAGCCACACAGAGUCGGGCAAGGUUGUUAGCGGCGAGACGCAUAAUGGAAAUCUAGCAAUCACUCUUAUGUCGCCCACUAAGUUCACGAUUCCGAUGCUGCCUAUUAUCCCUUCUCGUCAGGUCAUUUCAAGUUCAGCAGAUCAAAACAUUAUGUACAGCAUCCCAGAAGGUGAACUCUCCGCUCUUACGAAACCUGGCAACACGGGUAACCCAAUAACCAAGAUAGACAAGAAUAGCACGCCAUCAGGCGUCAACUCACUUUUGCUAUCUUCAUAUGUGGAACUGCCUUCCAAUAAGGGACAAAACACUAAGCAAGCAUUGAGAUCAAAAGUCGUUGUCAAUUCCACAAAAUCGGCCCGUUUAGGCGUCGAAUUCCUUACUGGAGAACCUGCCCGUGGUACUCAAACGACGACGGCAUCGCAUACUGUUGACGUGAAUAACCCCGCAAAAGAGACGUUUAUUAUUGAUUUAACCAAACUUCGAGAAAAAAACAAGGACAAUGUAGGUCGAAAACCAAAAGCAAAGACUAUAGAGCUUACUCCGGGAAAAGUUUAUGUACACGAUCUAGAGACAGCCACAUUUGAAGAAGCUCCAGAUGAAGAUGGUGCUUUAGCGAAAAAUCUUGCAGCGCGUAAAAAAUAUGAAGAUGAUUUCCUACAAAAUGUUCUGAGAAAUUUCGGUGUUCAAAUAGGUCACCUAAACCCGGCGAGCGGCAACACUAAAGACGGAUCCUCACAAGUAGAGCAGAUGUCUGCUGGAGAAAGAAAUGUGGACGCGCGAACCGCGCACGCCUUUGCUAAGAAUACGUCGUUACCUUUUGCAGGUGACUCAACCACUCCUGUCUUCCCGGCUCAACAACCACAGGCGCUCACCGUCAGCCUUAAUCAUCGUCCAGCUAAUGUAAACUAUCUACAAAGUCAAGAACAUACAACAGCACCAGCUCCUCCUUCACAUGUUACAGUAUAUUCAGGAAUAACUCCAGAAGCUCUUCUUCCGCCAUUCUCCCAACAACCUGAAAAGUUAAGCCAACAACGCCCUCAAUUCACUGCUCCUGUCAGCACCCAGACGCCAACUCAAACUUCAUCAUUAGCGCUGUCACAACCACCGGUUUCCGAUGAGGUUAUCCUUGGUCGUUCGAAAGAAGCAUUACCUCCAGAAACGGCAUUCAGAAUCGACCAGCAACAAAAGAGGCCCCAAACCACAAAGUUUUCUGGAGGAUCCUCAACUUUCCGGAUAAACCAUGCCGGGGCUCAGGUUCAUUAUAAUAGUGUUCAUCCAGGUUCCUUCGGUUUUAUUCGAUCCAUUCCACGUUCCGCGCCGCAGUCGAGCACUGCAGAAAAUCCUCAUCCUUUUUUAGUGUCGCUUAGACCUCUAGUCGUGCAAAACAUACAACCACCAGACACAUCUUCAGCAUCGGUUCAAGCCCCAUUAGUACCAUCAGUCCCGGCUACAAAUGAAAUACAGACAAGCAGUCAAGCUCUAUACGCACAACUGCCUCUCCUAACAUAUGCCGGUCAUAUAAGCACAUCUCGUUUGUCGCCACAAACUUCUAGGUUGUUUGUGCAAAGUCCAGAAGCUAUAAAAAUCAUUCCAUCGCCAAAUCUGUCUGGCGUGCAGCCUUCGAGUCAGGCACAAGUCCCACGCCAACUGCCAGGGUACGUGCUUCCACCACAGAAUGUUGUGUCACAGCCAUUGGUGCCAAAAUCUCAACAACUGCCUUCAAUUGCCCUUUUAGACGAGAGACCCGUCUUACAGCCCUCCCAACAGGUCGUUGUUAACCAACAGCAAGAUGUGACAAAGGCUUCGCAGGCUCCAGAACUGCAGUACGUAGAUGAACAAUUAGCUACACCCGGAACUUCGCAGAAUCAAAUUGUUAUUGGCCACCAACAAAAACAACGCCUGCCCGUUUCUGUAGAGCGACUCACUGAUCCUACGGCUACCGUGCAGGUUCAACCGGUUCCACAACAAGCUCCACUGACUGCCCUCUAUACGAGCUCUAUCGUUAGUGGCCAAAUAACUAAGCAAAUCGGUCAACAAAUUCCGGCCCCAGUACAACAAGGCCAGACUGUAGUUAGACAAGAACAACCCUCUCUUAUACCAACUGUACAGUCUGUACUUCCACCGAACGGCCAACAAAUUCAUUUAAUCAACAAUGAACAAGCGACUUUUUCGGUCAAUCAGGCAGAUACUUUAGGGAAAAUACGGCAAGAGGAGGCACCCGUUCAAAAACAAGGAUCGGAAAUACAACGGCAGCAAAUCCAGCAUGUUCAGCUUCCACAACAACAAAUUGACAUCCAGCAGGAAAGUUCAUUUAGUCAGCCGCCUUUUCAACUGCAGCACCAGGCACGGAUCAUCCAUGUACCAGUUCAAUAUCAGCUGCAGGAACAUGCGCCGAGCGUUGGUAAUCAACAAACCAUUCCCCAAUUUCGCACACACUUUCCUUUGCAAGUAUUCAGACCCGCGCAGCAGACGCUUAUUCAACCCACAGUUUUCUCGAACAAUCUACCGAGCCUAUCGGGGGGUCAAAUCAGUUCAUCAAACUCACCAUAUCCUUUGCCAGUAUUCACAUACGUGUUCAGAAAUAGUCGCUUACAAAGAGAUCCCUCAGGACUUGUUGGAAAUCAAAAUCGACACACGAAUAUUCACUCAAGUGUAGUCCAAAACAAUUUCAGAACGGGCCAUAACGACUUUAGAACCAUACGGCCAAUUUUAGGUAUAGGCCAAUCUGUUAAUAUAAGGCCCUCUUCGAAGAGUUUCUUUGGUGCUUCAAAUUCGUUCGGCAGUUUACCCUCACCUUCAAACUUCGAAGGGUUUCACGUUACGCAUCUUGAAGGCACAACUAAAAAGGGUGCUACAGCUUUGUCAAACUUUCGACCAGAUGUCAAUGGAAUCCUCUCAGAUGUAUACAGUGAACCGUUUAACCCAGGCCAACAAACCGGGUCUUCGUUUAGGCUAAAUUUCGGCUAUCGAGCUCCGCAAGCGAACAGCCACAACACGUUUAGGUCAACGGAUUUGAGCCUUUCCGACUCAAACAUCAAAGACUUAAGCGACACCCAAAAGAGUAUAGGAAGAAUUUUCUCACGCAUUUCAUCGACACCAUCGUCCGCAUCUUUGUACCCAAACGUGUUCCCAGUUCAGUCGAGCGCAGUUAAGCCAUUUACAGUAAACGCCUCAUCAAGUGCUCCUUCAGGCCAAAAUGGCGAAUUCGCAGGUCUGACCAACGUUGACAUGAGAAACGACGGUCCACAUGAGUUUACAGGAUAUAUAAAAAAGUCAAAGGCCAAAGCACGCUGAGGACGACGAGGAGCGUAAAACAGAUUCAUCGUAAAAAUUCACCGAAAUAUGAGUUAAUUUUGUCACCACUUUCUUCUAUUAAAAUCAAGAUUAAUCAACAAUUGUUACCACUGUGUCUACGACGGGCUACGCUCUUUUUUUUUGUAUAAGCUUUUAUGAAUUCAAAAGAGACUAAUUCAAGUCGUGACCUCAAUAAAAUUGAAGGCCUACUGCUUGUAGGCGGCUUUGUUACCUUGGUUUAAUAAUCUUUCGAUAACGCCAAUCACAGUGGUAGAUGUACAAAGUUGCGGGCAGUAGCUAUAUGUGUUGAGGUGCUUUUUGGUCAGUAUAUAUUAUGUUGCUGUAAACCAAUGAUAGUUAUUUCUACUGUGCAGUUAUUUUUAUAUCUAACCAAUGCGAAACCUUAUACAUACAUACGAUUGUACAUAUAUUGAUAUUAAUGUUGAUCCUCUUGUUACAAGGCUAUCUAUAUGACAAGAAUGUAUAGAUGUAUAUUGACUUAAUAUAUAGACCGCAAAGAAAUCGUGUGUUUGUUACAGCCAUGUGCAAAUAAUAAAACGAAUAUUAUUGCAUUACUCAAAACUAUAUCUCAAAUGAACAAAUAACAUCUUAAUAAACAACAAAAAGAUGCAAGUUUACCUUAUCUCUUAAACCAAACGGUAAGUUU